AUGACCCCCAGAAAUUCAGCGCUGCGCAUCAAAACGACAGGUUUGGACACUUCCCGCGAUAGAUACCCCUUUGCUGGAUCCGAAAGCCAGCCAGGGCGUGCAAAAUCGGUGCAGUGGCUGAUAUCGAUGGUGAUCGACAGCAGUAAGAAGCGGUUGAAUGUCGACUCCCCCAGCUUCACCCCAUCGCACCUCGCGGCCAACGGCUCCUCUGCGCCCAAGAAGCCGACAUCAUCGAUAUCUCCCAAGGCGGCCAGCGCCGCGCCAUUUCAACCUAAAAGUCUGAACUCUCGUUCCAACACGAGCACUCCUUCCUCGCGGCCGGAAACAACAACACAGGACUGGUCUGUUGCUGAGGUGCAGGAUUUCGUGCCCCAGGGCUAUGAUGCUUCGCAAGUGCCCAUUAUGGCUUCAUCUGGGGACUCUCCUGGCAGCCUCAACGCACUUGCCAAUCCUUUCGAACCGCGUAUCGUUCGAUCUACAUCUCUUCCCUUUGCUUUCUCCCCUGGUUCCCCCUCUCCUACUCUCGAUGUUCCCCUCCAGACGCCGAGAAUAUCACCCGUCCCAAGACCUACUCUUUCUAUGUCUGCUCGUCGUGCGACUCGUUCCGAUGCUGAUUUGAUGGUAUCCCAGGUCUCUUUGCAGGGCAACGGUAAUGGCGUCAUCAAUCCAGCAGCCUCCUAUGAUCCUUUCGUGGCAACCCCAACUCCUUUGGCUGGUGGCGCUGCUGGUGUGACCCCCGUCCAAGCAAACCCGUAUUCGCAUGAUCCUGCUGCCGCCGCUGCUGCCGCCGCUACUUUGGGCGGAGCGACCUUCUUUCCUGGCCAGGCAGGUUACCAGCAGCCUGCUCAAUAUCAUCUCUAUGCCCCUAUUGGCCCGCAUAGCCAAAAUCUUAUGGGUUAUCAGCGCCACGUUCACGAUCUCUUCUUGCCCAACGAUUUCAGAGAAGAGCUGCAAAAGAAAGCAGCCGCCACCUUGCAGACGUUACCAAAGCAGCACCUUGGUGCCGGGAAUCGAUACCAAAACCGUCAUAAUAAUAAUGCUCAUGUUCCCGAGCAGGUGCUCUGGAGCUAUAUGACCCAAAUUGCAUCUGCCUUAAAGACGAUCCACAGCAAUGGUCUGGCCGCCAGAAUUAUCGACCCGAGUAAGAUCAUCCUGACCGGCAAAAAUCGGAUUCGCCUGAAUGCCUGUGCAAUCAUGGACGUGGUGCAGCAUGAUACACAACGAUCCAUAUCCGAUCUCCAGCAACAGGACCUGGUCAAUUUUGGGCAGCUGAUCCUCACCCUGGGUGCCAACUCGCCCAACUUGAUGAACAACCCCAACAAGGCCAUGGAACAUUUCUCUCGCACUUACAGCCCACAGCUCAAAAACUCGGUCUUCUGGCUUCUCAAUGCAAUGCAGAAGGACCAAGAGCGCAACAUUGAUGUCUUCAUUAGCGGCAUCUCCUCGCAGCUCAUUUCCACCUUCGAUUCGGCCCUUCAUAUGGACGACCAGCUCACUUCCGAUCUCAGCCGUGAGCUCGAGAACGGCCGUCUGGUGCGGUUGCUGACGAAGCUGAAUUUUAUCAAUGAGCGACCAGAAUAUGAACAUGACCGGCAAUGGUCCGAGAACGGAGAGCGGUACUUCCUCAAGCUCUUCCGGGACUACGUCUUCCACCAGGUGGAUGCGCAGAACAACCCGGUGGUGGACCUGGGACACGUCUUGACCUGCCUGAACAAGCUGGAUGCCGGGACCGAGGAGAAGAUUACCUUGAUUAGCCGGGAUGAGCAGAGUUGCUUUAUCGUCAGUUACAAAGAGCUCAAGAAAGCUCUCGAGUCUUCGUUCCAGGCUCUGAUGAAGCCUACGCGACGAAUGCAUUAA